GAUAAGUAACAAUUUCAAUGUUAUAAUAGUUCAAAAAUGAAUAGCAUCAAAGAAAACAUCUUAAACAGACAAAAUUGCUUUUUGGAAAAAAUGCGCAUAACAUUUUUAAUAAUCGCUCUCUUUUUCACAAAUGUCGUGGAUUCCAUAAACCAAAUGGAACUGGAUUCUCGUCACUUGAGUACUCGUGUGGUACAUACCAGAUAUGGUACUCUGAGAGGAUUUAUCAGUACAUUGUCGAAUCGUGAACUGCAACCUGUGGAAGUAUUCCUAGGGGUACCCUAUGCCGGGGCUCCCACCGGAGCUCUCCGUUUUAUGCCGCCAGUAACUUCCCCUCACUGGAAAGGAGUUCGACUGGCGGACAGUUACGGAUCAGUGUGUCCACAAAAAUGGCCAGACAUCAAAAACGAGACAGAAGCCUUGAAAAGAAUGCCACUUGGAAGACUUCGCUAUCUUCAAAGACUUCUGCCUAUGCUGUUUAAUCAGAGUGAAGAUUGUUUAUAUUUGAAUAUCUUCGCCCCUGCGUUUGUUGGAAGACAACCACGCAGACUCCCAGUCAUGGUUUACAUCCAUGGAGAAUCUUAUGAAUGGAAUGCAGGAAACCCUUAUGAUGGCCGAGUACUAUCCAGUUAUGGAAAUGUCAUAGUCAUCACUAUAAACUACAGAUUGGGUGUUCUUGGCUUCUUGCCGGCUGUGGACCGAUCUGCAAGAGGUAACUACGGCCUCAUGGAUCAGGUCGCAGCUCUGCACUGGAUACAAGAUAACAUCGCUGAAUUUGGAGGAGACCCGAGGAAUGUUACCGUGUUUGGACAAGGCCACGGUGCGGCGUGUGUCAACUUGCUCAUGUUGUCUCCGAUGGCGAAAAGCUUAUUUCACAGAGCUAUCAUGCACAGUGGUUCGGCGUUAUGUCCAUGGGCUAUUGCAAAGGACGCAAUUUCUCAUACACAAAAGUUAGCUCAAAGACUUAACUGUUCUAUGCAGGACAGUAUGAUGCUGAUAGAAUGCCUUCGUAAAAGAAGACUGGAAGACAUCAUGUCAGUAGAUAUUGCAGCACCUGAUCAUCUCACUGCUUUUGGACCCACGGUGGAUGGAAUAGUUCUUUCGCACGAUCCGAUUUACUUGAUGGAAACAAAACCAGAUCUAUUCUUAAGAUACAAUUUGAUGCUGGGAAUUACAAAAGUGGAGUCUUAUUUUGCUUUUUCUGCAGUUGAAGAAGUCGUCGGUAUCGAUUCUCACAGAAGAGACCGUGUAUUAAGAACGUUGGUUAGAAACUUAUAUACGCAUCACCUUCAACAGAUAUUUCUCACAGUUGUGAACGAAUACAUGGAUUGGUCAGUUCCACACCUUCAUUCCACGGAUAUUUUCAGGGGAACAGUGGAAGCAAUGAGUGAUGCCACCGUCGCCUCCAUAUUAAUUAAAACUGCCAUGUUCCACAGCAAUCCGAACUUACCAACGGACAGCCCGUUUUAUAUGUUCUUCAUACCAACCAAAACAUACUUCUACGUUUUCGGCCACCAGACAGAAGAAGGAGAUUAUGCGACAAGGCUCGGUUGCAUCACUGGAGAAGACCUAGCUUAUGUUUUUGGUGCACCCCUCGUGGCAUCUCUUGCCCAUUUUCCUAGUAACUUUACGGCGGAGGAAGCAUCUCUGUCUGAAACGACUAUGAUGUAUUGGACUAGUUUUGCAAAAUUUGGAGAUCCUAAUUUAGGAACGCAGCUUGGUGAAAUGCAGAUUGAUCCCACCAGAGGUCUCUACGAGCGUGUCAUCUGGCCGGAAUUCACAUCAAACCUGCAGAAGUACCUCAGCAUAUUAAUCAGGCCCAAAGUGAAGGACCACUACAAUGCUCACAAGCUUUCAUACUGGCUAAACUUGAUUCCAAAACUAGAUUCUAUUGACAACGCAACCACUGACCAACACCACAUGCUGGAAGAUCACCACAAUGCUUCGAUGUACGAUGGCUGUGUCCGUAGUCUCUAUGCCGAUGUCGAGCAGAAAACUGAAAAGCAAACGAUUGAAGAUUCAUCGCAGAUGACCAACACAAGCGAGAUCCUGGACACAGAUAAGGCUAUGUCCGCCAAUGUGACUGAAGUUCAAGUUUACGGUCUUGAUAAAGGAGCCCAUUUGUCGGCUCUUGGAGUGACCAUAGCUGUUGGAUGCUCACUGCUCAUGCUGAAUGCCGUCGUCUUUGCAGCGAUAUUUUAUCAGAAAGAUAAAAUAAAUGUAGCGAAAAAUAUGCAUAAAGCUUUUUAUGAGGUGGAAAGAAACAAGGAAGAAGAAGAGGACGCUUUUAAGAAGCCCUACCUACUGAAAGACGCCCCCUCUUCUCUCAUCCUUCACGAUUUCGAGCCCAUCCAGGCCUACAAGGAGCAGCCCAUUUUCGACUUGGUGGAGACGAACGAAAUCAAGCGGCAGCUGAGCGGGACAGCUGAAACUGAGCUUACGAACACUUCUUCAAAACCAGCCAAAAUAAAAACUGUCACCUUCGUAGAGGCUCCCACCAUUCUCUGCGAGCUUCCGGAUCCCACCGUGCCGGGUACGCCGAGUCAGAAAUGCCAGGACCAGAGAGCAUUUCACCCUUCCCAAAGCAAAGAAUCAGAAUGUGCGUCUAACAGCUAGUGAAACAUUCGAAAGUGCUAUGAAUACAUUUAAAAAAACGUCCAGUGAAGGAUCGAAGGUCUGGGAAUUGUAUCAGAAUAUUUCUAUCACCCCAAAAUUUACCAAUAUCAAGGUGGAAACACCAAAACAUUGACAAUUUUAUAUAUGCUGGAUUUCUAUAUUCAAAAGAAGUCUAUGUUAAAGUUAUUCGAUGGGUCAUGUCUGAAAUAUUUAUAUGAGUUUUUGACAUUUACUUUGU